GUUGGAGUGAGAAAGGUAAAAGAGUAGAGUUUUGACUUUUCUCUCUUCGUCUGCUUAUUUCUCUGCUAGUCUCAUUAAGCUGCUACGAUUUCUCAUAUAAUGCCUUGUUAGAAUCAGUUGAGAUGGCUAUAGGAAACCCAGAAGUGGCAGCUAUGGAGGAGUAUACUGAAGCUGAGUCCUCUUCUAAUGGAAAAGAGACUCAAUUAGCUUCUGACCUAUCCAAGAAUCUUGAUCUUGCUGAAGAUGAAAAGGUUGAUAACCAAGAAGAUGAGGGAAUCAAAGGUGAGGCUUCAACGAAGAAGAAAAAGAAGAAAAGUAAAAGCAAGAAGAAGAAGAAUUCCAUUCAACAGACUGAUCCACCUUCAAUUCCUGUUCUUGACCUCUUUCCUUCUGGAGAAUUUCCUCAAGGUGAAAUCCAACAAUACAAGGAUGAUAAUUUGUGGAGAACAACAUCCGAAGAGAAGAGAGAGAUGGAGAGGCUUCAAAAGCCGAUAUAUAACUCUCUUCGCCAAGCAGCGGAAGUUCAUCGUCAAGUUAGGAAGUAUAUGAGAAGCAUAUUGAAACCUGGAAUGUUGAUGAUUGAUCUCUGUGAGACCUUAGAGAACACUGUUUGUAAGUUGAUAUCAGAGAAUGGUCUUCAAGCUGGUAUCGCAUUUCCUACAGGGUGUUCUCUGAAUAACGUUGCUGCUCAUUGGACACCAAACUCUGGAGAUAAGACUGUCCUUCAGUAUGAUGAUGUCAUGAAGUUGGAUUUUGGAACACAUAUUGAUGGGCACAUUGUUGAUUCCGCUUUCACAGUUGCCUUCAAUCCUAUGUUUGAUCCUCUUUUAGCAGCCUCACGUGAAGCAACAUAUACCGGUAUCAAGGAAGCUGGGGUAGAUGUCCGUCUCUGUGAUGUUGGUGCUGCAAUUCAGGAGGUCAUGGAGUCUUAUGAGGUUAAAAUCAAUGGAAAAGGCUACCAAGUCAAAAGUAUUAGAAACCUGAAUGGGCACAGCAUCGGACGCUAUCAGAUACACGCUGAAAAAUCUGUUCCUAACGUUAGAGGAGGCGAGCAGACGAAAAUGGAAGAGGGUGAACUAUAUGCCAUUGAAACUUUUGGAUCAACCGGGAAAGGAUAUGUGAGAGAGGACUUAGAAUGUAGCCAUUACAUGAAAAACUACGAUGUGGGACACGUCCCUUUGAGGUUACCAAAAGCAAAACAACUCCUUGCCACCAUUAACAAGAACUUCUCCACUCUAGCUUUCUGCGGACGCUAUUUGGACCGCCUUGGUGAAACGAAAUACUUGAUGGCUUUAAAGAAUCUUUGUGAUUCUGGCAUAAUUGAGCCAUGCCGUCCAGUGUGUGAUGUAAAAGGAAGCUAUGUUUCUCAGUUUGAGCAUACGAUCUUGUUGCGGCCAACUUGCAAAGAGAUUAUUUCCAAAGGAGACGAUUAUUGAAAUGGCUCAUUUUCACCGAAAACAUCAAAAGGUUUUUUCUUCUGGCAAAUGUUUUGUUGUUUAAUUGUAUUGUUCUUCUUUAGAUUGUAUAAUAAUUGUUUGGUUUCUUCGGUCGUUCUUGUGACCGUGUGAACUGACAAUAAAAGCAGUACUCAGUGGCGAUGAAAAACGCAAAAAAGAAAGAUGAUACAUUUUAACAAUCUGAAGCAAAAUUAGUAAGACCAGUCGAUGAAAUCCCCUUCAAAA